AUGUCAAACAAGGACCCAAGGUCCGUCCGUUACAAAAACUCUAAAGAUGUAAUUGAGGCUGGCAAACGUGAUGUUGAAUUAACAUUUCUGAAGAAAGUUAGUAUGGGUUAUCAAGGAUUAAAUUCGCCAAGUGGAAGUGAUCAAGGUGGUAAACGUGGCCGUACAUCGAGUGAUGAUGAUUUGAACGUCAGGUUAUUAGAAACGAUACCCCAAAACGAUCGAGAUCUUUUCAAAGAAAUUCAAAGACAUUUACAAAUUCUUCACUUAAUGCGACAACUAUAG